GAGCGAUCAUUACAAGUUUUCUACAGCUUUCUAACAUGGCUGAUGACGAGGACAUAUCGCCUGAAAAGGAGUUUGCGGACAACACGACGCUCCAUGGGAUCGGGAAGGUGUCGGGGAGUGAGAAAUGCGGCCUGAAACUGAUCUGGCUCGCCGUCUUUCUGGCCUGCUUUGGCGUGGCGGCUUGGCAGAUCACAGAGACUGUCAUUCGCUACUUCCAGUUCAACACGGUGACGAACAUCAAACUGGAGUUUGAGGACGAGCUGAUCUUCCCAGCUGUGACGAUCUGUAACUUCAACAGGUUUGAGGAGAACCGGCUGGAGGCGGACACCCAGGCGUACCUGUCUGCUCUGCUGUACGGGUUCGAACUGCCGGAGCCUGUCGGGGUGUACUACGAUCCUGUCAACGACGUGCUGGUCAACCCGGUCAGGGACAAUUUGGAUCCCGUGAACACCACGUUGGAGGCCGGCUGGCAGCUGGUGAAGAACUGGAACUUCUACGUUUGCCAGUUCAAGGGAGAAGACUGUGAUGUAGUGGACUUCGAGCACGUCUUCACAACCUACGGGAACUGCUACACCUUCAACGCCGUGGUGGACCCUGACAACCCGCGGAGACAGAAGCUACCAGGAGCAGGCAAUGGGCUGAAGCUCUACUUCAACAUCCAGAGCGAAUUCUACACGGAGGACCCUGCACAGGGCGGCAGUGACGAUGUGGGGCUGAAGGUUCUCAUCCAUGACCAGAAGGAGCCGCCCAAGAUGGACACCCAGGGCAUCGCCGUGGGGCCGGGCAGUCAUGCCUACAUCGCGAUGUCAAAAGUCGAGUACAUUAAUGAGAUCCCGCCAUGGGGGGAGUGUCAGGACCUGAAGCUUGAGUACUACGAGAACUACACCCUUACCGGCUGUCUGUUGGAGUGCAGGACCAAACACGUGUACGCGCAGUGCGGCUGUCGACUCUUCUAUCUGCCAGGAGGCAAUGACUACUGUGAUCCGAGAGCGAUUGCGGACUGCGCACUGGAUACAUUAAAGGCCGUGACAGCAGGUAAUUUCACCUGUGACUGCCCCACGCCGUGUGACAUCGCCCACUUCCAGACCAGCGUGUCGUACGCCGGCUGGCCCAACAAGCUCACCGCCGCCCACUGGCUCACCGAACUCAACCUGUGGGACGUGUGGGACGAGCAGAGCGCCACCGACUACAUGAGACAGAACUGGAUAGUUCUGGACAUCUACUACAGCGAGCUGAACUACCAGGUCAUCGAGCAGCAGCGAGAGAUGACGGAAGGGGACCUCCUCAGUAACAUUGGAGGCCAGCUGGGUUUGUUUAUCGGAGCCAGUGUCAUCACCCUGUUUGAGUUCGUGGAGUAUCUGAUCAAGCGGUUCACGUCCUGCUGCCGGAAAAAGUACAGGAAGGACAAAGUUCAAGCGGUGGAUAUCAAACCGGCUAGGGUGGAUGUCAAACCGGCUACGAGUCGGUUUGAUACGGCACACCCUAGGCACCCAGCUACUGACGGCAGCAUGUGGUAA